AUGCAAUAAGGUUUCGUGAGAAUUUAUGAGUCUUCUCUUCUAUUCCACCUCGUGACAGGGCAUUACUACCUUCCUCCACACCAUCCCCACUACGUACGGCACUACCAACCCCACAACGCCGCAGAUGCUAACAACUAAUCAUUAUUACACACAAAAUUGUUAAAAAAAUAUUUUUUUUAUUGUUCUCUGUAACUCUUUCAAGCUGGGUCACCUUUGAUUUCUUCAAUUCACAAGUUUUUGUAUCUGGGUCUUGUUGAUCUUUUCAAAGAGGUUCAGCUUUUAGGUGCUGGCAAGGUUGUUUGAUACUAAAAAUCUUUGCUUUUUGGUUUGUUGGUGUUUUUCUUGAGAGCUCUUCUGGCUUUUUGUUGUGGGGUUGGGAUGUGGAGAGAUCCAGGAGUUCCUGCUGAUUCUUUCUAUGAAAUUCGCCCUGAGUGCACUGAUGUUCCCAUUUCUCGAUUUAAGAUCAAGGCUGGUAAAACACUAAGUGCAAGAAAAUGGCAUGCUGCAUUUACUACAGAAGGGUAUCUGGAUAUAGGCAAGACUCUGCGCCGAAUCUACAGAGGGGGAGUUCAUCCAUCAAUUAGGGGAGAAGUUUGGGAAUUUCUACUUGGUUGCUAUGAUCCCAAGAGUACAUUUGAGGAAAGAGAUCAGAUAAGACAACGCCGAAGGAUGCAAUAUGCUACGUGGAAGGAAGAAUGCCGCCAACUGUUUCCUCUUGUUGGAAGUGGUAGAUUUAUCACAGCACCUGUUAUUAGUGAAGAUGGUCAGCCAAUUCAAGAGCCAUUGGUUCUAUCAGAAACAAAUUCAGCCGAGGGAUUGGCUGUUCUUCCUCAAGAUAAUAAUUGGCCUUCAAGUUUAAAUGCUGCAAGUAAUGUAGAAACAGUGGCGGACAAGAGAGUAGUCCAGUGGUUGUUAACUCUCCAUCAAAUAGGUCUUGAUGUGGUUCGCACUGAUAGGACGUUGGUUUUUUAUGAGAAGCAAGAAAACUUGGCGAAACUAUGGGAUGUUCUUGCACUUUAUGCUUGGAUAGAUAAAGAUGUCGGCUACGGUCAAGGAAUGAGUGACCUAUGCUCCCCUAUGAUAAUUCUUCUCGAUGAUGAAGCAGAUGCAUUUUGGUGCUUUGAGCGUCUAAUGCGCAGACUUCGAGGAAAUUUCAGAUGCACUAAUAACUCUGUUGGGGUGGAGGCUCAACUAAGUAAUUUGGCUUCAAUUACUCAAGUAAUUGAUCCAAAACUUCACAAACAUUUAGAGCAUCUUGGUGGAGGUGGCUAUCUGUUUGCUUUUCGGAUGCUAAUGGUUCUGUUUCGUCGGGAAUUCUCCUUUUGUGAUUCAUUGUUCCUUUGGGAGAUGAUGUGGGCUCUAGAAUAUGAUCCUGACUUGUUCUUGAUGUAUGAAGAGCCUCAAUCAGCUACUAAGAAAACUGAGGGCCCUAAAGGAAAAGCAAAGUCAAUACAUCAAUGCGGAAAGUAUGAAAGAGCGAAUAUGAGAAAUGGAACAAAGAAUUCUGAAGCUCCUCUUCCUAUAUCUAUUUUCCUUGCUGCUAGUGUGUUGAAAGAUAAAAGUGCAGAACUACUUCAUGAAGCGCGAGGCUUGGAUGAUGUUGUCAAGAUAUUGAAUGACACAACUGGAAAUCUAGAUGCCAAAAAGGCUUGCUCUGGGGCUAUGAAACUUCACAAGAAAUACUUGAGAAAGGCCAAGAAACAAUAGCACCAAAUCUAUCCUACGUUAACUUCUUUUGUGCUGAUCAAAUCAUGUGUUACUUCCUGCCUGCUAUUAUUUUAUGCAUUGGAGACAAUAAAGGAGUCUAUCAAAUUGGGAAUGGAGUUUGCAGAAUAUAAAAUAGGGAUUUAUCCAAACUUCACUCCCUGAGAGGCUGUUGUACGUGAAAUUAGUUUCAUUAUUUUCUUGUGUAUCCAAAAGAACAAAUGAGAUUGUAUAGGAAAAUAGAUUUUUUGUAUAACAAUUUGUACUACGUAAUAUUGCAUUGUAAAAUGGGGGGAAAAUGGUAUAGGAAACAGCCACCCAUGCUAAUGAGAUUGAUUUUGAUCUUUA